AUGACUGAUAACGACGUACAAAACGAUCCCACUGGGGAUCAGCCGCAAGAAAAGACUGCUAAGCAACUUAAAAAGGAAGCAGAAAAAGCUGCUAAGUUAGAAAAAUUGAAAGCUAAAUUGGAAAAAAAGAGCGCUGCACCAGCUGUCCAGAAAGAUAAACCGGAGAAAAAAGUAAAAGAAGCAAAAGAGAGUGCUGUGUACACUGCAGCCACAGCACCAGGUGACAAGAAGGACAUUGCAGGACCUAUGCCUGAUGCAUACAGUCCAAAAUAUGUUGAAGCUGCCUGGUAUGCUUGGUGGGAGAAGCAAGGUUUCUUUAAACCAGAAUAUGGAAGAAAAUCCGUCCUGGAAGAAAACCCUAAAGGCAAGUUUGUAAUGGUGAUCCCCCCUCCAAAUGUGACAGGAUCACUGCAUCUUGGCCAUGCUCUCACAAAUGCUGUUGAAGAUGCUAUCACCAGGUGGCACAGAAUGAACGGGCGCACAACUCUUUGGAAUCCUGGCUGUGAUCACGCCGGUAUUGCAACACAAGUCGUAGUGGAGAAGAAAUUGUGGAGAGAAGAGAAAAAGACGCGUCAUGAGCUGGGUAGAGAAGAGUUUAUCAAAAGAGUGUGGGAUUGGAAGGAACAAAAAGGUGGUCGAAUCUAUGAACAACUUCGAUCACUUGGCUCUUCGUACGACUGGUCCCGCGUCCGCUUCACUAUGGACCCGUCCAUGUGCCGCGCUGUCAACGAAGCCUUCAUCCGCCUCCACGAUGAUGGUGACAUCUACCGGGCCAAUAGGCUAGUUAACUGGUCGUGUACACUGAAGAGCGCGAUAUCGGAUAUCGAAGUGGAUAAAGUAGAAAUUACUAGUAGAACUAUGAUGAGCAUACCGGGUUAUGAACAUAAGGUGGAAUUUGGUGUACUAGUCCACUUCGCUUAUAAGGCAGAGGACUCUGAUGAAGAAGUUGUUGUGGCUACCACACGUGUUGAAACUAUGCUUGGGGAUGUAGCUGUGGCUGUUCACCCUAAUGAUGCCAGGUACAAGCACUUGAUUGGCAAGAAUCUAGUGCAUCCAAUCUUGAACAGGAAGCUACCCGUUAUAGCUGAUGAGUACGUUGACAUGAGCUUCGGAACUGGUGCUGUAAAAAUAACUCCUGCGCAUGACCCGAAUGACUACGAGAUCGGCAAACGACACAAUCUACCGUUUAUUAAUAUAUUGGACGAUGAGGGCAAAAUGUUGGACAACUGCGGACCGUUUGCAGGUAUGAAACGCUUCGACGUCCGUCGCAACAUUAUCAAAAAAUUAGAGGAGUUGAAACUUUACAAGGAGACCAAAGAAAACCCAAUGGUUGUGCCACUGUGUAGCCGGUCGAAGGAUGUUGUUGAGCCCCUACUGAAGCCUCAGUGGUAUAUAAAAUGCGACAAAAUGGCUUCAGAAGCUAUCAAAGCCGUUAAGACCGGUGAACUGAAGAUCAUCCCAGAUGUUCACGAGAAGAUUUGGUACCAUUGGAUGGAGAAUAUUCGCGACUGGUGCAUUUCUAGGCAGCUGUGGUGGGGGCACAGGAUUCCAGCGUACAGGGUUACUUUGGCUGAACAAGAGGUGGACGGGUCGGGCGCGGCGCGCCAGCAGCUGGCCCCGCGGCGGCGGCGCACGCGCACCGGCCGCAAGAAGAGCCACCGCGUGCGCGCCCGCGCGCCUCCCCCCGCGCCUCGCCCCGCUACUAAUAAGGAACAGGAGCUGUGGGUAUCAGCUCACACAGAAGAAGAAGCCCUAGCAAAAGCGGCUGCUAAGUACAGCGUGCCUGCCGAAGAUGUUACGCUACAAAGAGAUGAAGACGUCCUAGAUACCUGGUUUAGUUCAGGUUUGUUCCCGUUCGCGAUCUUCGGGUGGCCGGAUCAAACUGAAGACUUACAGGCAUUCUACCCUGGCACACUCUUGGAAACCGGUCACGACAUCCUGUUCUUCUGGGUCGCCAGGAUGGUCUUCUUUGGACAGCGGUUAAUGGGAAAACUGCCUUUCAAAGAGAUCUACCUUCACCCCAUGGUAAGAGAUGCUCACGGCCGCAAAAUGUCUAAAUCUCUGGGCAACGUCAUCGACCCAGUGGACGUCGUCACUGGAGUCACGCUGGAACAACUACACGAACAGUUGUCUGACUCCAAUCUUGACUCUAAGGAGAUCGAGAAGGCUAAGCAGGGGCAGAAGCAGGACUAUCCUAAUGGCAUACCGGAAUGUGGAACUGAUGCUCUUAGGUUUGCCCUCUGCGCCAUGACACAAGGUCGUGACUUAAAUCUGGACAUUUUACGCGUGCAAGGGUACCGGUUCUUCUGCAACAAACUAUGGAAUGCCACCAAGUUCGCACUCAUGUACUUCCCCAAGGACACCACUUAUGAGGUGCACAGUACCAGUUUACCAGCGGACCUAUCAGCAAUGGACCGCUGGAUGCUGUCCCGUCUCGCCCUGGCGGUGAACAAAGUGAACGCCGGCUUCGCCUCGUACGAGUUCCCGUCGGCCACCACUCACUGUUACAAUCUCUGGCUCUACGACCUUUGUGAUGUUUAUUUGGAAUGUUUGAAGCCCGUGUUCGCCAGUGGGACAGAAGCUCAGAAGACAGCGGCGCGCCGUACUCUGUACACAGCGCUGGAGUACGCGCUGAAAUUGCUGAGCCCCUUCAUGCCUUUCGUCACUGAAGAACUGUUCCAGCGUCUACCGAGAAAGGACAACUCCUGUCCCUCUAUAUGUAUCGCAAACUACCCCACGGAUGCUGACACACCCUGGCGUUCAGAAGAACUAGAAUCAGAUGUAGACACUGUCCUUAAAAUGGUGCAUCUCAUCCGUUCUACCCGCACGGAAUACAACUUGGUGAACAAACAGAAGACCACCGUCCAUCUCGUCCUAUCUCAGGACCUGAAGGUGGAGGAACUAAAGAGCCUGUUUAGAAGUAUGCAGGCAUUGGCGAAUAGUGAGCUUUCGGAUGAGGAGCCUCCCAGUGGAUGUUCCAUACUGACGGUGUCGGACAAGAUUGAAGUACACUUAUUAUUAAAAGGUCUCAUCGAUCCCCAAAAAGAGAUAACAAAGCUAGAGAAGAAGAAAGAGAACCUAUCACAGACGAUCACUAAACUGGAGCAAGCGAUGGCGGCCGAAGACUACACCAAUAAAGUACCUGCCGAAGUGCAGAAGACCAACUCCGAGAAGCUGACGCAAUCCCAAGGCGAACUCGACCGGCUUCAAUCUGCAAUAGAAACAUUAAAACUUAUGUAA